AUGACUACCCUAGAUGCCUUGAUAAACAAAGCCACGGACCCGACCCUUACUUCUGACAACUGGCAAUACAUCUUAGAUGUCUGCGACAAGAUCUCAUCCAAUCCUGAAUUGGAAACUAGCAGGGCUGUCAAUUUGAUAAAGACAAAAAUUACAUCAACAAAAGAUGCAAACACUAUCCUAAGGUCAUUAUCCUUGUUGGUUGCCAUUGCUGAAAACUGUGGGUCCCGAAUGAAGCAAGAAAUUGCCAGCAAGUCUUUUCUUGAAGACUCUUUAGUCAAGAAGUUGCUGGAUAAAAAAUUACACAUCACUGUCAAGUACCGAAUCAUUGAAGUUCUCGAACAAUUGAACAACAGUUUCAAGUCAGAUCCAUCAUUGAAGCCAAUGAAUGAUGCAUACAACUUGGUGAAAUCGGAAUAUCCCCAAUAUUUCAAAGCACAACAGGGUCCCAAUAAACCAGCAAAACAAGAAAGGACACAACAGGACAAGAAUAAAGAGGAUGAAGAAUUACAAAGAGUUUUGAAGCUAUCAUUGCAGGAGUAUGAAAACGAGCAGAACUUGAAAAAUCAGUACUUGAAUAACAAGCCAUUACCAAAUGCACAGCAAGCACAAUCACAGCAGCAGCAACAAGAUCAACAGCGUGCAGUCUCUCCGAGUGGAUCAGACACUGAGCAGACAGUGGCAACAGUGUCGAAAGUGAGAGCAUUGUAUGAUUUGAUAUCAUACGAAGAGGACGAGCUUUCUUUUAGAAAAGGUGACGUGAUAACUGUGAUUGAAUCAGUUUACAGAGAUUGGUGGAGGGGAUCAUUACCCAACGGAAAAAUUGGAAUCUUUCCGUUAAACUAUGUGACUCCUAUUGUCAACAAGUCACCUCAAGAGUUGGCUCGUGAGAAUGAAAUGGAGAGUAAAUUAUUGAAUGUGGAUCAAAAGCAAAUUGACCGAUUAUUGGCUAUUUUGUCAACCAAUAACAUUUCACAAAUCAAUGAGGAUGAAGUUACUGAGUUAUACAAUAAUGUCAUAUCUUCGAGGAUCCAAUUGGGUGGUCUAAUAGAUAAGUAUAGUGUCCGGCAAGAAGAAUUGGGAGUAUUGAAUACUCAAUUGAAUUCGGAGGUCAAAUCGUAUAACGAGCUAUUGGAGAAGCUGAUCAAUAAUAGGUCAAAGCAGGGUAAUGCAACUGCUUAUAAUCAACUUCCAUAUCCGACCAUCUCACACGCGGUACCUCAGUUGGUACAACAACCACAGCGGCAAGUUACUGGUCCUAGUCCUCAACAUCAGCAACCGCAACAAGCCACUGGCGGUCAUCAGACACAAUACCAUCAACCAGCUGGCACAAGACCGCCUUUUGAGCAGCCCACAGUACAGCAACAGCAACAGUACCAGAACCCCGCACUGACAGAGCCCCCAUAUCAGCAGCAGCCAUCUCAGUAUCAACAAAAUACUGGUUUCAAUGCUCCAUAUCAUGGUCAGCAGUAUGCUCCCUACCUCAACCCUCAACAUUUAAACCAACAGAACACCAGUGCUGGCUUUGGUAACUCUGGAUAUUAG